AUGGAUCUUGAAAAAUUGGUUAUUUAUGGCUCAAGAGAUAUGAAGAAAUCCGCUACUCGUAUGAAAAAAUGUUUUAAGGUUAGGUUUUUAUAUUUUCAGUCGAGUUUUCUGCAAGGUUGGAGGCAAAGGAUGCGUUGCACGACUUUGAGGAGGGCGACACCUACGCCAUGUCGUCUUACGGACUACGUCUCUGUUGUGUGGAGGUCGUGGCGAUUAACACAACUAAGGGCGACACCUACGCCAUGUCGUCUUACGGACUACGUCUCUGUUAAUCAUCGGAAAAAUUUUAAAGAUGUAGGUGCCUUUUGGGAAAGGAUUGAAAUCCGUAAAGAAAUGAGUGAAACUUUACGAUCUACAGAGAUAAACGUUGUUCGCUCCGUAAUGUGCAACUCCAUUGAUACUUGUGAAAGCUUAGUAACGAGUGAACGCGCUUCUUUUGAAAAUAUAAACAAUAUAUACCAUAAAAAUCAUUCAAAAGGCAACGAAGAAGGACAAGACGUGAGAAGGUCGGAGGAAGAUGUUAAUAAGCAGAUGUCAUCUCGCAAGCGAGGUGUUAAUUUUGAAGAAAUACCAAUAACUCAAACAAAAAAAGUGAAAUUGAAUGUCGAGGAAUGGACUUGUGAAGAUGUUAUAGAAUUCAUAAAGUCUAAGAAAAAUGUGACUCAUUUUAACCAAGAAACACUUUCUCGUCGUCAUGGCCUGUUUGAAUUCACUUAUGGUCUCUCGGUAGGCAUUAUGAGAUUAAUUAGGGAUUUAGUUAAGGAUAUCGAUGUGAAUUCGAGUGAAUAA